UCUGUCAUUUGUGUCUAUUUUACCUUUGACACUUGUUUGGGCUUCUGCUAGAUUUUGCUUUCGUCGUAGUUCGAAGUUGGAAGCAUUUUUGUUGGAAUGAACUAGUUAAAAUGAGUUGUUUCAAACGGGUUUGCAGAUUGUGCUUGACGCGUACUGAUGACUAUACGAGUGUAUUUGUCGCCGUCGAGCCUCUGGGUCUGCCCAUAACAGCAUUACUAAAAGCUUUUUUACCCGAUUUGUACACAGGUCUCUCUGUCAAUCCCGUAGUAUGUAAGAACUGCCUCAUUCAGCUAAAAAACACAUACCUUUUCCGUCUAAAAUGUUUACAAACAGAAAACCUCAUUGGGAUAUAUUUACGUGAAUCCCGAUGCACUGCGCUUUGUAUCAAUCUCGAAGAUGUCCUUUACUACUGGUCCAAAAAUGACUCCAAACUUAAUAAAAGUGGGCAAGAUUUAUUAAGUGAACCUACCCCGAUGUCGUCAGUUGAUGGGAAAAUAGUUUUAAAUAGCAAAGUGUUUUCUCUCAUUAACAUGGAUUUAACGGAGCGUGCUAAAGACGCUUUAACAAAAAAUGUAAAGACCUAUGAAAAGAAUAAAUCUGGCAAUAAACCCAUUGCUAAACCUGAUAAAAAUAGUGUACCGGAUUUGCAAAAGGAUCCUUUAGAAAUUACCAUAGAGAAGAGCCCUGAAUCCUUACCUGUGGAGAAGAAUUUACAAUCAGAUUUAAAGGAAAUUGUGGUGAAUUCAAAACUUGAAGGUAAUUUAAAAGAGGUGACAAAUUCAUUACCAAGUAAGGAGACCUGUGAAGUUGCGAGCAAUGGUGAAUCCAAUGAUUCAGCUACUGGUAAGGCCGGACAAAAAUUAUCUGAUGAAGUGCCAAAAGAGAGAAUAAGGAUCCGCUCUGACUUAGAGUUAAAGAGUGUGCGUACCCUCAACCAUGAACUGUACCCUCAACCCCAAGUCCCCGACAAAGGGAUCCCAUUAAAGGUAAUUAUCAAACCCUCGCCAGCUUUGAUGAAAGAGCAACCAAAAGUAUUAAACUUUCGUCAAUUCACGCCCGUGCGUCGGUACAAAAAGAUAUUACCCCGAAAACCUGUAGAAAAUUUAAUAGGACCAGAACCUAAAGUACAAUUAGAAAGUGAUCUAGCUGCUAAUGAGAAGUCUACACACUUAGGAGAAGGACAGGGUGAUUAUAUUAAAGAAGAGCCCUUAAGAGGCAGUGAAAACGAGUUAAGUUGCUCUACCCCUUCAGAUGAAGACACUACAAGCGCCAGUGAGAGUUAUAUGUGUGAGAAUAUUUUAGAAGAGAACAGUAAAAAUGGAGUCCAAGAUAUAAUCGAUAAGAUACCAGAAGUUUCGGAGGAUGCUGUGGAUGUUCCAGAUUAUGUACAGAUAAAUAAGAUUAGUUACGAGGAUCUAGCAAAAAUGUGCAAAGAGAAUAAGCUCCAUUCUUUGCCCCGAAAAGACGAGAAAGUCAAAAUGUUGCCCGCACACAGAAUGUCGCGGCGGUGGCCUAGAAAAAGACUUAGACUGGUGGCGGUAGACGCGAAAGAAUUGCAAGACAUCAAAAAGAAAAAGUUGGGCGCAGUUCCAUUGAAGGCGAAACAGCAAAUACUGAGUGCCGACGAUGAAAAACAUGUAAGUUCGAAAGAUGUGGUAGUUCUUUAUACCAACCUCUCAAAGGACGGGGAUUAUGUCAGCGACCACGAUUAUCUCAUCAGUCCCUAUAGGAGGAAUAAUUUGUUUUUCCCGAGAUGGAAUAAGUGCUUCUGUCUUUGUUUGCUAUGCGGUAAAAUGCAAACGGAAGUCGAACACAAAGAGCACAUGAUGGGUCAUAGUACGGUAUGCGAUGUCUGCGGGGUCGAUUACCAUAACGCCUUCAUCCUGAACCUACACGCGAAGUGUCAUAAAAUCUUUUGCACCGACUGCAACGAGGACAUCCCCUAUGGAAAGUACAAGAAGCACUGUCUCAAUCACCACAGCAAAGUGAGGGCCGUAAAGAAAGCGGAAAGUAGUUUAAAUGCUUCCGAUUCGGGGAAAGGAAACAGUAUCGAUCCCAAAGAAUCGAGCGUGGCCGGGUCUUUCAAAUCGACUGACAGUGGUAAGAUACCCACGCUUCGGAAGUACGAAAAUACGGCAAAGAAAAGGCGAAGGAGCGCGCCCCAAAAGGAAGCAUCUGGAGACGAAAGUAAAGGCGAGGAUGACCAAGAAGAUGAGGAGGCAGGUAAACCAGUGAAACGUUCAAAAAUGAAAACAAAGGGAAGAGAGAAGAACAAAAAGUUGAAAUCGCGGGCUGGCGAGGAAGAAAGUGAAGACGAAGAAUGUCUUCCCGGGCAAUAUCGCGCAACGAAAAGUUUGUAUCGCAGAAGAACGCUGAGAUCUCGCGCCAAAGCGUCAGCUAGCUCAGAUGAUUUGCAAUUCCCGAGGCGAAGGUCCCCCAGGUGCUCCAAAUGAUUGGCGAUUUAAGAGGAGUUUGUACAUAACUUUGAGUGUUCCCUAUUAAGUAAAUCAACGUGAAGUUUUUGUUUCACUUUAAGUCAGCACAC